AUGCCAGUGAACGCCACGGAGAAAAGCAAUGAAACCGAUUUUCCUACAAACUUUACCCUUACCACAUCACAAACAUUGAAUGAGACUGCCGUUAGUACAACGGAGUUUCCGGAGAUCAUCGUUUUUGUCAACGAGUUAAAUCCGUCUGAACCACCAAGCUUGAAUGCCAGUUCCUCGGCCAAAGAUUUUAACGAGAAGUUCAAAAAGGCGGAAGAAGUUGGAGCCAUAGCUGGUGGUGUAAUGGCUGUCAUUAAGGGUGAAAAGACUCACUCACCAACGUUGGAAUGUCAAUGUGCCACAAAGCUUCCGUCAUGUCUCUGUUGGCGUACUCAGCCCCGCAUUCUCAACACUCAUUCUUCUGUGUUGGCCAUCACGGAAGCAGUCGAAUGA